GGCGGAGGAGCCAUGCCGCCCGGGCGAGCUUGCUUUGAGCCCCCCAGGAUUCUUGCGCUACCCCCGGUUCCCCGUUACUCGAAAAUACUAACCUAUCACCUAUAAGGUGCAGAGCUGUGGAUCGGAGGGCUUCCCCUCGGCCCCAGGAGUGGCCCAGGGGUUACCCUGGGGAGCCGAUAACGCGAGCCCUGAACGAAGGUGGCUCGUAACUGAAUGAGGCAGACGCUAUGAACGCCAGCGUCAACGUCGAGAGGAACUCCUGGCGGCUACCUCCCGACGAGACCGUCCAGGUCGCCGAUCCCCGGUCAAAGUCUGCCCAGGUAAAAGAGGACCUGACUUACGCCGAGGGUGGGCACAACUGGAGGAGCAUCGUUUUCUCUCUUCUGGUUAUCGGCUUCGUCAUAGCAGGCAUCGUAACCGCCAUUUACCUCCUCGGGUACGUUGACGAGCUUCUCUACUGGAGCGGGAAGCGUUUGACACUAGAAGAGUGCCUGCGUGGUGAUCUGACGCCACACCGUCUACCGCCAGCCUGGUUGUCGCACGACAAGUUUGUCUUCCAAGCGGACGACGGUUCCCUGGCGCUUCUGGACACCUCAAACAACUCCGUGUCGCUAUUGGUCUCAAAUCACACCCUCAGGCAGCUCAAUGUCCAAGGCUACCAGUGCAGCUCUGACCUUCGUUAUGUGCUGUUCAAGCACAAUGUCAAACCGGUCUUUCGACACAGCUUCACCGCACAUUACACCGUUUACGACGUCACCAACGACCACCACACGCCUUUACGUCUCCACGCGUCACCAAGGGUGCAGCAAACGAGGUUGCAGUUCGCAGCUUGGCUCGGUAACACGACAUCAUUGUUGAUGAUAUCGGACAACGACAUAUACUUAAGAGCGACGCCGUCGGCCGGUGAGGACACACGUCUGACGGACACUGGGAUACCUGGUGUUGUCUACAACGGAGUGCCGGACUGGCUCUACCAGGAAGAGGUGCUGCCGAGGUCAGAAGUUGUCUGGCCGAGCCCGAGCGGCUCUCACAUUCUCUUCGCAUCGUUCAAUGACACCAGGGUAUCGGCUUUCCAAUUUCCCUGGUUUGGAACUCCCGUUGGUCAGGACGGUUCUGACGCCGGCCCCCUCUCAUCGUCCAGACAAAGGACUUUCCCUCCCUCGAGAUCUGUCCGGUAUCCGACGCCUGGAUCGCCCAAUCCUGAAGUCGACCUGUGGCUCGUCGACCUCGCCAACGCGACUGCCAUGAACGCUACCAACACCACAGUCGCCAAAACGAGGCUGAAGCCUCCACCGAUCUUUGACGGACAGGAAUACUACCUCAUAUCGGCUGGUUGGGUGGGGAACGACGCGACGCAAAUAUCUGUAGUAUGGAUGACGCGGUCCCAGAACCUCUCAGUAGUCUCGGGAUGUCACGCACCGAAUUGGAACUGCGAGGAGACGCACUCAGAGCGAGCACCGGAAGGGCAGUGGUUAGACGCCCAACCACAUCCGGUUUUCGCCCCGGAUGGUGACAGCUUCUUGCUCCUAGCCUCUGUUCAGGAGGGCAGUCAGGAACACUUCACACACAUUAAACACGUGACUUUGACCCAGCAGAGGAUAGCAGUUAUAUCCCACGGCCGUUACGAGGUCAGCCAAAUCCUCGCCUGGGACACUCAGGCUCAUCUUGUCUACUACCUGGGAACGCGAGAGCGAAGGCCAGGUCAAAGGCAUCUUUACGUUGUUCAGGACCCGACAACGGAAGAACCAAGGCGAUUGGAACCGUUGUGCGUGACAUGCGACCUCGGCGGUGUUUUGUGGAGCAGUAGAGUUUACUACACCAAUUGCACACACUUCGGAGGCUCCGUUAGCCCAUUCUCAGAGAGCGGUGGCCAGGGGUUUUACGUCCUGCACUGCGAGGGUCCCGGGCUUCCAUUGGCCGGUGUUCACUCGGUCAUAACCCACAAAAUGGUCAGGGUGCUUUACGACGCCAGGGUACAACGGGCAGAUAAGCUUUCACAACUCGCGCUGCCAACACGUAAGAGUUUCGAGAUCCCACUUCCCCAAGGCUGGAAAGCGCAGGUCCAGUUGCUGCUGCCUCCAUCAUGGCGAGAGGAGCUUCGGGACGCAGCAUUUCCUGUGUUGGUGGAAGUGAAUGGUCGACCAGGUAGCGAGGCGGUGACCGAUAGGUUCGGUAUAGACUGGGGGACGUACAUGUCCAGCCACAACGACGUGGUCUACGUUAGACUCGAUGUCCGGGGUGCCAGGGGUCAAGGAAAGCGAGCCUUAUUCAGGAGGAUCGGUGGCGUUGAGGUCCAGGACCAGCUCACCGUCCUCAGGCACCUUCUCGACACCUUCAAGUAUCUCGAUGAGACCAGAGUCGGAGUCUGGGGCUGGGGUUAUGGCGGAUAUGUAACUGCCAUGGUCCUUGGUAGCCAGCAAAACGUGUUCAAAUGCGGAGUCGCGGUUAGCCCUAUCGCCGACUGGCUUUACUACAAUUCCGCUUUUACGGAACGAGUCCUUGGCGCACCUUCCGAAAAUUACAAAGGUUACGUCGAGGCUGAUCUCACUCAGAGGGCCCGACUGGUCCCGAGUCACAGUCUCUACCUUCUCCAUGGUUUGGCUGACCUCACUGCUCCUUACACACACGGCGUUGCAUUUGCUAAAGCUUUGUCAGAGGCUGGAGUGAUCUUCAGGUAUCAGAGUUACGCGGAUGAGGAUCACGACUUGACGGGAGUAAUCGAGCACGCCUACCGUUCCAUGGAGGACUUUCUCGCCGAGUGCCUCACCCUGGAUCCCUCCUAGUGCCUGAGGUUAAUUACCCUCUUUACAAGGUGGCGUACGAAGAAAAGGCCUACCUGCCUACCUAAGUCAUAGAGCUGUAUUAGCCAAAUACCCGGAGGCUAAUAGCUAGCAUAUACAUGUAUGUAUAUAUACAUAUAUAUAUAAUAUCUAUACAGCUGCGAGUAAAGCAACGAC